CCGAGAACGGAUGAUUUGAGAAUUUCGAUUCUCGACUGGUACCGGUUAAGACAAACUUCCAAACGCGAUGUAUGAUGUUUACCCAAGUGCCAGCUGCUGGCAACCAAUGAUUUUCAAAUAGUUUUACGACCGUUUAGACUUCCAGCGUCUUUGGAAUUUUUCGUUAUCACCACCAACGGUAGUCAUCGCCGCGACGGACAAUGAUGGCAACAGGCAGUAGGAUUGGCAAUCGAUCAUAACUAAUAGCGUGAUAUUAUUUCAUUAAAUUUAAACCACAUCUCGCCUACGUAUUGAAGAAUAUCGCUAUCCUGUUACAGCCGUUUUCACUUGAUUUUUUUACGGGCGUUCCGUCGUUUGCAGUUUUCGUGAAACUCUCUAUAGCUCCAAGUCGUCGAAUGCUGGGAACAGAUCGCUUGGCAAGUCUCGACACUACACAAUAAUCUUUGCUGUUCGACUAUAAUUGUGUUCAACUACAUAUCAAUCCACUAAAAUGUCUGAGACUCCCAAGGUGAAUGCGUACAAAUUGCCUUUGGGUCCUGAAUACUUGCCAUUUAUUAAACUUACACGACUAACAGAAGAGGAAAUCAUGCUCCAUAUCUCUAAGAAUCGAAAAAAAAACUGUUUGUCUAAUUCACUGAAUAAAACCAUUAAAAUAAAACAAGAAUAUCCAGAAGUUUCAACCAUAAAUGUGCAAUUCGAAAAUCAAAAUUUUCAAUUCGUUAAAAUAAAACAAGAAAAUCAAGAUGAUCGACUAAAUGACAUUACCGAACACUAUGAAAGAAUGGCAGUAGAAAAUGAUACAAGAUUAAGAACCAAACCAGGAGGUGUUAAGAUUAUUAAAUUUGAAGAUACAGAGCUAAGAGAAAUAAAAGCAGAACUAGAUGAUACACCAGAUAAAUAUGAUAAAAAUAUGACUGAUAAUACUACAUUUUCAAAUUACAAUGAAAUGAAUCAUAGAGAAUUGUAUUGUGAUAUUUGUGCAACAACUUAUAAUACUAAUGAAAAAUAUUUAAUGCAUAAUUACUAUAAACAUAAAAAUCGUAAAGCUUAUGACUGUGAACUUUGCAAAGAACAAUUUAGUCUUAGCAUUCAUUUGAAUCUACAUAUGACACAACAUGUACGUGAGAUACUCUUAAAACCUUCAUCGUCUAAUCUUCCUACAGAAACACAAUCAUCAUCUAAUAGUAAUUUAGUAAUGAGCUUAAGAAAAAAAAAUAACAAAUUAGCUAAAUCAACAAAAAGUUAUUGUGAAACCAAUACAUCAGUUAUUUUUACAAAUAAACCAAAUUUGGAUCCAUUUAAAUGUACUGAAUGUUCCUAUUCAACUGUUGAUCAAAGCCAAUUUAUAAAUCAUUUUUCAAUUUGUUCUGGUGAAACCAAUACUGAUGCUGAGUCUAAAUGUUGUCACCUAUGCUUUAAACCUUUUCGUAAUCAAUCUGCAUUAAAUGGUCAUAUGAAAUAUCAUAGUGUGAGAGGUGAAAUAACCUCAAGGAAAAAGAAAACUAUGAACGUUAGUAAUCAUAAAACUAAUGGUAGUGUCUUGAUAGCACAGAGAGUUAUCCGUGUAAAGAAUCCAAUUAUAUUCUUUACAUGUAAAUACUGCAGUAAAAAAUUUAUGACAAAACACAAAUUACAUAUUCAUAUCUUGCAACAUAAAAAACAAAUGGUAUGUAAAGUAUGUAAUCAAACAUUUUUAUUUAAAAAAAGUUUUGACAAACAUUUACUAUCACAUAAAACUGGAACAUUGACCGAUGGCAAAAAAUCCAAGUAUGUUUCAAGCACUACUAAGAACAAAACACAAAACCCUGUUGAACAAUUGUCAUGUGCGAUUUGUAAGAAUAGUUUCAGUAGUAAGAAAUCUCUUUUAUAUCAUAAUACAAUGAUGCAUUCGGAUUCACAAAUGUCUUAUUCAAAUUCUAAGAGUCCGUUAAGACAGUGCAACUGGUGCAAUAGAAUUAUAACUAAAUCUAAUUUACUUCGUCAUAUUAGGAAUUUUCAUCCUAAAGCCAAACCAAUUAAAUGUCAAAUUUGUCCAAUGAAAUUUAAAGAUGUAUUUUCGAUGAGAUUUCAUUUUUCCGAAAAUCAUGGAAAAUAAAUAGAACUUCAAAUUUUAUUUAUUUAUCAUGUAUAA